AUGAAUUUCAUUACAUUGAGAUUUAAAGAUUAAAUUCUUGAAAAAUAAUAUUAAGAAGUUAAAACAAAAAGGAUUCGUAAACCAAUUUACUUUGGAAUUUAUUCUUUUUGUUUUAGUCUAAACGCCUUUAAAAUAUUGAGAGACUUAAUUUUGUAAGAGAAUUGGCAUCAGCUUUAUAUAAAUUAUAUAUUUUUAGCAUUUAUGGUGUUAUCAAUGAUAUUGAUAGUUAAAAAUUAGAAUUUCGUGAAACAAGCCCUAGUGAUUUCAAAUCUUGUAUCUGGAUUGCUUUAAAUGAAUUUUAAUGAGUAACAGACAACAAAAUAAGAAUAUUAUUCUUUCGGUAGUAGUUUUGCUUAAUUACAAGCAGCUUCAUAUUUUGUGUCAGACUUUUUAGAUGGUAUAUUAUAAGUUGUUGGACAUUUGAUAAUGAAAAUUAUGAUUACAUCACUGUAAACUCAAAAAUUAGAUGUUCUCUGUACAAGUUUUGCAAUUACAGGAUCUGUAUUCAUUUUGGUUACAAUUUAUAUUUGUGAUUGCAGUUCCAGAAAAUAAUUUUUAUCAACAGUAUGUGAAAACAUUUGGGAUCAACAAUUACCACAUAUUAUUAAAAGACCAUUCAUCAAACUUAGUUAUUCAAAUACUAUAAUAAAUAUAUUGUAGAGUCAUCUUAUUAUUGCAUUUCCUAGUUUCUUAAGUGAUCAAUGUGAUGGAUGUAAUGGUAGAUAAUUUUUAAGAGAAUGUUAAAUUGAUAAAGUUUCAUUAUCUAAUUGUAUACUAAAAUAAAGCGAUAUUCUCAAUAAGACUAUUCAAGCAAGUUAUAAAUGUCAUAGAUUCAAUAUAAGAGUUUGUAAAUAUGGAGUGGAGAAUAUGAAUUUACUUGUAAUUUUGGAAAAAAUUAUUACGAUUACUUAAACUAAACCAUUUCCAAAUUAAGUUAGACAAGAUCUUAAUAGACAAAUACGAAUCAAUCAUUAAGAGUAUUUACGUUUCUUUAAUUGGGGAUUACUUUCUCUUGUACUUCUCAACAAUCAUGAAAUUAAAGAUAUUAAAUUGUUCCUUAUGAUCAAAAGACUCAAUAAGUCUUAUCGCAAUUAUUUACUACCAAUUUAACUUUUCACUAAAUCUCGUGAACUCUAAUUUAAAACAUAUGCCAAUUUAUUGCGGAUAUUUCUUAUUCAAAUAUACCACAUAUUAAUUGAGCUCUAUUCAAAAUCUUAUAAAAUCAGAAUUCAAGUUAAAGAAUACGAUGAAUACAUAGAAUUACAUAUUCUGAUCAAAUCAAGUAUGUUUCAUACUCUUUAUCAAAACAAUGUGUUUAUUUAAAAUAUAGAAAGAUUUAUUCUUUAUGAACCUAUGUCUUAGGAUCUAAGAAUACAUCUCAGUAAACAAUUAUCUUUUAAAUGA